GCCGGGAAGUGAAGGCGGUGGCGGCGGCGGCGGCCAUGACGGGCUUGGCGGCCAUGACAGCCAUGGCGGCGUCGGCGACGCCGAGCCUGCGGGGCCGUCUGGCGCGGCUGGGGAACCCGAGGAGGCCCGUGUUGAAGCCCAACAAGCCCCUCGUCUUAGGGAACCGAGUGGGGGAGCAGCGCCGGGAGUUGGGCGAGGCCACCUGCAUCACGGAGAUGUCGCUGAUGAUGGCGUGUUGGAGACAGAACGAGUUCAGCGACUCGGUCUGUGCCAAAGAGAUUCAGGGCUUCCACGACUGCGCCGCCAAGGCCGAGGUGGAGCGGAAGCUGAAGGCAAAGCAAGAUUCCCAGGGAUCCUCGGGAGGUUUAUCUCCCAAGCAAGUUAAUAAAUUGCUCCAGAGGUUUCCUAAUAUCUCCUUUGUAGCUUGAAGGACUGGUUGGCCACUAAAACUUUUCAGGGAAUGAACUGGAGUUGCCAAGGUGUUCUGGAGGCCGUCAAGACCGAAGGACCGUUCCGUUACCAUUUCAUAUCUCUUGCUCCAUCGUGUUCCAUCACUUGCCCCAAAGGACUUCACGGUGGCGUGAGGGCGUUCCGUUUUACGUGAAAUAAAGUGCUCGAAAGAGA